GGUCAGAUGAAGUGCUGAAGCCAUCCCGGGGGGGAUCUGCUUUGCCUCUUUCCGCUGUCUUCUGGGCCAGCCCCGUGGCUUCCAGCGAGGCUUGGAUACGCUAAGCCGGCUCUCCGGAUGCGCUAUGCCCCAUCCCAGCUGCUGAUCGCACACAGCGGGUGGGGGAAACCCUGGGAAACAGGUGCCCUCCUCUUCCUCCAGCUCCACGCUGCCGGGGUUGCUCUCUCACCAGCAUUCACCCGCGGGACGCCUGGGCUGCAAGGACAUGGGGCUGACAGGGGCGGUCAGAGGGAGCCCGGCGGCCUGAACUCGGCCGUGCCCCCCGCUCUCUGACGGCCCGCUGCCCGGGGGGCGCUGCACCCCCUGCGGCUAGAGGCGCUGAUUCACACUGCUGCCCCCAGCGCUCCCCGCUGCCGCCCUGCGCGGCCGCCGCCGCCGCCCUGAUGGCUCCCGCUGACAGGCCGCUCGCGGGGAGCCGGGGCCGCCAUGUGCCGCGCUGGCCGCUGCUGCUGCUCUAGAUGCUCCUAGGGGCGCCCUGGCUGUGCGCGCCCGAGGCAGCCGCAGCAAAGCGGGGAGCGGAGGCGCGGCGGGGAGGCGGCGAAGCGGCGGCGGCGGGGGAGGCGAUGGACGAGUCGUCCCUGCUGGACUUGCUGGAGUGCUCCGUGUGCCUGGAGCGGCUGGACACCACGGCCAAGGCGCUGCCCUGCCAGCACACCUUCUGCCGCCGCUGCCUGGAGAGCAUCGUCAGCUCCCGCCACGAGCUGCGCUGCCCCGAGUGCCGCAUCCUGGUGGGCUGCGGGGUGGACGAGCUGCCCGCCAACAUCCUGCUGGUCCGGCUGCUGGACGGCAUCCGCCAGCGGCCCCGGGGCGGCGGCGGGAGCGGCGGCGGCAGCCCCACGGCGCAGGGCAGCGCGGCAGCAGCGGCCGCCGCCGCCCCUGGCAGCGGAGGAAGCGACCCGGCGGCGUCGCCCGCCUGUCAUCCCGCGGCGGCCACCGGCUCCCCCAGCGCGGCCGCCGCCAGCCGGAGCGCCCUGCUGGGAAAGAGUAUUUCUCAACUGCCCUAUGGUAAAGCUCUCUACACCUAUGAGGGAAAAGAACCUGGUGACCUCAAGUUUACCAAAGGGGACAUUAUCAUACUACGACGAAAGGUGGAUGAGAAUUGGUAUCACGGAGAGCUCAAUGGAAACCAUGGCUUCUUUCCAGCCAGCUAUAUCCAGUGUAUCAAGCCCCUUCCACAAGCUCCGCCUCAGGGCAAAGCACUUUACGAUUUUGAAAUAAAGGAUAAAGACCAAGACAAGGACUGUUUAACCUUCACCAAGGAUGAAAUUUUGACAGUUAUCAGACGAGUAGAUGAUAACUGGGCAGAAGGAAUGCUGGGAGAUAAAAUUGGAAUUUUCCCUAUUCUCUAUGUUGAGCUCAACGAAUCAGCUAAACAGCUUAUAGAGAUGGACAAGACAUGCUUAGCUGCUGCAUCUGGCUGUGAUGUCCCUUUGCCAUCUGACACCAACAUGGCAGUAAAUUUGGCCCAGUGCUCUACUUUAAACAAUACAGGAGCAGUCAGUGCCAUUCAGCGGCAUAUUGAUGGCAAGAAGAAUGCCAAGAAACGCCACUCCUUCACUGCUCUCAGUAUGACACACAAAUCCUCUCAGGCCAUGCAUAACAGGCAUUCCAUGGACAUUAGUGCUCCAGUUUUGAUCAGCUCUAGUGAUCCCCGAGCUGCUGCCAGAAUCGGAGACUUGACUCAUCUUUCAUCCAGUGCUCCAGCCCAGGACUCCUCCUCAAUUGGAACAGCUACAGUGGCUGGACCCAGAACAAGUGCAAUAAUUGGAGAUCAGGGGACACAGACAAAGGUCCAGCUCCCCCUCAAUAUCUACUUAGCUCUGUAUGCAUAUAAGCCUCAGAAGAAUGAUGAGCUGGAGCUGCGUAAAGGUGAAAUGUAUCGGGUCAUUGAGAAGUGUCAGGAUGGCUGGUUCAAGGGAACAUCUCUGAGAACGGGAAUGUCUGGAGUCUUUCCAGGCAACUACGUGACUCCUGUUUCCAGAGUGCCUGUAGGAGGUGGCCAGCCCAGGAAUAGCUUAGCGGGUGGGGCUCAGACAAUAAAAGGAUCCCCAGGAGCUGUUCACCCAGGAGCUGUUCACCCAGGAGGUGCAAGUCUUACAAAUACGGCCACUGCUGUCAGACCUGUUGUUCCAAUCACUGCACCUCAGACACAUCUCCAACAACAGACAGUGUCUCCUCAGAUGAAUAACUGCAUGAGGUAUUCAGCCCAGCAAAUGGUCAGCCAGACUCGCAGUGCCAUGCAGAUGGUAGCACACCCUUCUGCCCAGGUACCAGAGCGGCCCACGGCAACUGUCUCACCACUGAGAACCCAGAACUCUCCAUCCCGUCUCCCAGCCACUGUGGUUAGAUCACACUCCAUGGCUUCUCCACAACACGUCCACCAGUCCCCUGUCCAAGUUAUUCCUGGAGCACAGUGUGCCAGGCCCAUCAUUCCUCUCACUUCAGCAGCAGCCGCCAUUACUCCUCCAAAUGUCAGUGCGGCCAACUUGAACGGGGAGGCAGGAAAUGGGCCAGUCAGCAGCUUGGUGACUUCCAGCCCAACCAACACCUCCUGCAAAGCAGAGGAGAGGAAAAAUGAAAAGAAAGAGAAGAAGAGCGGAUUGUUGAAACUUUUAGCCGGCGCGUCAACAAAAAAGAAAUCACGCUCCCCUCCAUCUGUGUCUCCAACACCGGACCCACAGGGAGCCGUGGAGGGAGCUCUGCAGGGAGCGGUGGGACCUGAACUCUCCUCACUCUCCAGCCAUGGCAGGGCAGGUUCAUGCCCAAUUGAAAGUGAAAUGCAAGGAGCUAUGGGGAUGGAGCCACUGCACAGAAAAACAGGCUCCUUGGAUUUGAAUUUUUCCAUUCCUUCUCCUGCCAGGCAGCUACCUUCUUCGUUGGCAGCCAUCCGUCCAGAGCCCAAGCCAUUGCACCGGGAAAGGUACCGUGUCGUGGUUCCAUAUCCUCCUCAAAGCGAAGCAGAGAUUGAACUGAAAGAAGGUGACGUUGUGUUUGUGCACAAGAAGAGAGAGGAUGGCUGGUAUAAGGGGACGUUACAGCGAAAUGGCAGGACGGGCCUCUUCCCUGGAAGCUUUGUAGAGAGCUUCUGAGGGCUUGCUUUCUUCCCCGUCACCACUCUCCGAACUGAAAGAUCUUUCAGGGGAAAUUCCAUAGCACAAGAAGAGACAGCAAAGGGAAAUGUGACUGAUAUCCACUGCCACUGUUACGUCCAAAGACUCCCCGGGCCCUUCAUUCUACAGCUCUGGAAGCACAGCGCCUGCUGUGCUCCCAAAACCAUGUUCAGUACGUCCAGGGGUGUGUUGAAGUAGUGCCUUCCACUUGGAAUCACAGGCUGAGAGGAUGCACAUUUGGUUUGUAUCGAAACUAAACUCCAACUGUUCCCCAUUAUGUACAUUAUAGAGAAAAUAUCUUUUAAAAAGUUGUUAUAUUGCUGUAACUUAUUUGUCAGAGCUGCAGUGUUCUUAUUACUGGCCUAUGCAAGAUGGGUUUGGGUGUGGCAGGAGGCAGAGUAGGGAGCUCUUGAACUGGGAUUUUAUAUUUCCUGGGGGAAAAGAGGAGAGUAUGGCAAAAUCCAACUAAAGAUCUGUGCAUUGUUCUGCCAGAAAGCAUUAGGAGUCCAAAAUGUUAGUGUCAUGCAUUCUAUAUACCUCAAAAAUAUGCUGCAUGAGGAUGUCAGUAAGUGUGUUAGUGAUCAGGGUUGCAUUUCAUCUGAAGUGCCUGUGAGAUGCACUGGGCAGGUGCUCAAGGAACUCCGGCUCCAGCAUUCAACUGCGGUUCUUGGAGUUAUUUAUAUGCAGCAUUUUUUUGCCCAUCCAGUAUCCAACUUUCCAUUGCUUUUUUUCUUUUCUUUUUUUUUUUGGGUAUGACAUGCCGUUUUUAAUCGUUUGCAGUGUUGUUGCAGCUGUGUUGGUCCCAGGAUAUUAGGGAGGCAAGUUGGGUGAGGUAAUGCCAUUUAUUGGACCAACUAUUUGGUCCAACAAAAGAUAUUGCCUUACCGACAUUGUCUCUCUAAUUAAUACCUUUUUAAUGUAAGAACCGUUAUACGUUUUAUAUAUAUAUAUAUAUAUAUUCUCCUAAUAUAUAUAUAUUCUCCUAAGGGAUCAGGCGUUUCCUGUUUUUCAUACAUCUGGUGCUUUUAUUAUUAUUAUUUUAUUAUUAGGAAGAUCCUCUUUGGCUUAAGAGAGAGACUGUUAACAGCAACAUCAACAGACUUCACAUUUAACAUGUGAAUUCUGAAAUGUACUGAAAGUAGAUUUCAUCAGGAUGAAUAUGUUUGUUAGUCCUACAUGAAGCAAGAGAGAAAAAUCAGAUUAGGUGGUGAUAUAUGUGUGUGUGUGUGUGUGUGUGUGUGUGUGUGUAACUCACUUUCUUUAUAUAUAGUUUCUAAAGACCCUUAAUAAAGCACAGUAAUCUGUCUAGACAAUGAUAAUUAUUCAAGAAUUGGGAGCAUUUCCAGGAGGAGCGAUUUUAAUUGACUUUUAUAUGGCAAUAAAAAGAACACUGCAGGUUCCAGCAAGCACCGGAAUCGUGGGAUUUUCCUCUGUCUUUGCAUCAGAGAGAAGAGAGCUGAACUGCAACGACUGUAAUUAGCAUUGUCAAAAUGUGAUUUUUUUUUACUGUAGAAAUGUACAGUUCUCAACACUGUUCUAACCUGGUCAAGCUACAAUACAAAAUAUAUCAGGCAAUAUAACCCUCCAUCUACAAGGGACCUAAAAGUGCAAUAAAUGGAAAGCAAGUUUAUGCAGUUAUUUGUAUCAAACAAAGCAGAGAAAAAUCCGAUAAUGAAAGUGUGGGAGUAUUUUAAAAAGAGAUUCAGUUGUGGUCUCCUGUAACAAAGUUGUAACAAAAGAAUAUUCUUAACUAUGUUGUGCCCUGCCUUUCCUAGUGACUGGCUGCUUGCCCAGAUCAAGAUAUGGCGGUCAUUCAAGACUAUGUUAGAGUUUUAGUAACCUGGAGAUGAUCUUAGUAAAAAGAGGAGGCCCAGUGGGUGUAUGCCAGUACUUUGUUCUCAGUAUUUCUUACGCUGAAGAUGUAGGUUUUGUUUUCAUUCAAGCCAUGUAUGCCAGCACAUAUCAAAACAUGUAUACGUGAACAUUCCUACUUAUGACAGGUUGAAGUGAGCUGUAGCUCACGAAAGCUCAUGCUCAAAUAAAUUGGUUAGUCUCUAAGGGGCCACAAGUACUCCUUUUCUUUAUUCCUACUUAUGUUGAACUGAAUGACUUCAUUCUCUGUAAAAUAAGUUUCUCUUCCUGUCAUUUGUAACAGAUUUCAGAAACACAGUCUGCAGCCUAGUAUUACACCUUCAAAUCACAGAAACAUUAUUUGAGGGGGAGGGGUUUUUUAACGUUACCACAUUUGUUCAUGUUCCAGGUUGUAAUCAGUCAUCAGUAAAAUAAAUGGUUAGUGUUACGAGGAAAUUGCCUUUUUAUAACCAAUAAGAGCUUUAAGAAAUUUCUUCUGCAAAAGGCUGAUUGAAGAACACAGCACUAUCUAUCCAGUCAUUUCAUCCAAAUCGGAAAUGAUAUCUCUGCACCUUGAGCCAUGAUCUGGGCAGCUAGCAAGCUGGCAAUGCCCCCCCAAAAUGUGUUAUACACACACACACAUACAUCUGUUUCUGAGAAUGCUAACCAAGAAUUUAUAGAUAGAUAGAUUAGAUAGAUAGAUAUAAAUUCUUGGUUAGCAUUGUCAGAAACAGAUUUUUCUGACAAACUAUUGUGGCUAAAUAUCUGUUAAAAUUCUGUUCCAUGGUAUAUAUACUAUAUCCAGAGAAAUGAAACAGGAAUAAUAUUGUAUUCAGUCAGAUCUAAAGUAGUUCCAGAUUUCAAUGUUCUAAUGCUUAAAUCUAACAAGACAAAAGCCGUUAUGGAAGAAAAUACAGAAAUGUCUGUGUAAAAUCAGUGUUUUUAAAUGUAUUUUGCAGUCAGGGCAAUAAUAAUUUUUAACUAUACAUGAUGAGGGCAAAAUAACCCUUUCAGUCACACGUCCUGUAAGGAGAAAUAUUUUUUGGUGUUUGAUACUUUGAAAGCAGCUGUUUCUGGUCCCCAUUUAUUGCUUACCAUAAUAGUUUUGGUUUUUGAAUAAUUUUCUUGGACAAAUCAAUUCCAUGCAAAGAGCACAACUGCAGAACAUAAGACUGAUCAGUGGUACAAGAAAAUGACCCAGUGCCAUUUAGGAAGUCCUUGACCAUGGGAGGGGAUUGGCGCUUACUGUGAUCCAUUUUUAAAUUGCAUACAAAGGAAAGACAAAGGAGGGGAAGGGAGUGUGCGUGCGUUUCCUACAAGGAAAAAAAAAGUUAAAGAAUCCUUCUGGCAGCCUCAUUUUGUAAAAUGCCAGGUUUGCUGAUCUAGAAAUGGUUUCAGCUAAUUGAACAAUUCCUUUGUACUUUGCACAGCUCAGAAAAUGUUUUUUGUUAUACAUGAAUGUUAACGUGAUUUAGAAAAUAUUGAUGGUUACGAGUACAAAUGAACUACAAGGACUGUGUUUCUGAUGCUUUAAAUAAAAUAAACAUUGAGGUCA